GCGAUGGCGCGGAGCCCGGGACGCCCGAGCGCCCUGCUGCUGGUCCUGAUCUGCUUCCACUUUGGAAAUGGACUUCACUUAGAGGCCUUAAACACAAGACAUGAAAACAAGCUGCUUCCUAAACAUCCUCACUUAGUGCGGCAAAAGCGGGCCUGGAUCACUGCCCCGGUGGCUCUUCGGGAGGGAGAGGAUCUGUCCAAAAAGAAUCCGAUUGCCAAGAUACAUUCUGAUAUUGCAGAAGAAAGAGGACUAAAAAUUACAUACAAAUACACUGGAAAAGGGAUUACAGAGCCACCAUUUGGUAUCUUUGUCUUUAAUAAAGACACCGGAGAAUUGAACAUUACCAGUAUUCUUGAUCGAGAAGAAACACCAUUUUUUCUGCUAACAGGUUAUGCUUUGGAUGAAAAAGGAAACAGUGUAGAAAAACCAUUAGAGCUACGCAUUAAAGUUCUUGAUAUCAAUGAUAAUGAGCCAGUGUUCACGCAGGACAUCUUUGUUGGAUCUGUCGAAGAGUUGAGUGCAGCACAUACGCUUGUGAUGAAAAUCAGUGCAGUAGAUGCAGAUGAACCCAAUACUAUGAACUCAAAAAUUUCCUAUAGAAUCGUCUCUCAGGAGCCUGCUUAUCCCCCGGUGUUCUACCUAAAUAAAGACACAGGGGAGAUUUACACAACCAGUAUUACCUUGGACAGAGAGGAACACAGCAGCUACACUUUGACGGUAGAAGCAAGGGAUGGUAAUGGACAAGUAACAGGCAAACCUGUGAAGCAAGCUCAAGUUCAGAUUCGUAUUUUGGAUGUGAAUGACAACAUACCUGUAGUUGAAAAUGAAGUGUAUGAAGGGACGGUUGAAGAGAAUCAAGUCAAUGUGGAAGUUAUGCGCAUAAAAGUGUUCGAUGCAGAUGAAAUAGGCUCUGAUAACUGGUUAGCAAAUUUUACAUUUGCCUCAGGAGGCGGAGAGGGUUAUUUCCACAUAGAAACAGACACUCAGACUAAUGAAGGAAUUUUGACCCUUAUUAAGGAAGUAGAUUAUGAAGUAAUGAAGAAUCUUGACGUCGGCAUUAUUGUCACUAAUAAAGCAGCUUUCCACAAGUCCAUUAGGAAUAAAUAUAAGCCAACCUCCAUUCCCAUCAAAGUCAAAGUGAAAAAUGUGAAAGAAGGCUUUUAUUUGAAAAGCAGCACAAUCUCUGUCCACGCUAGUGAGAGCAUGGAAAGAUCAAGCCGAGGGCAAGUAAUCGGGAAAUUUCAAGCUUUGGAUGAAGACACAGGACGCCAAGCCCGUGUAAAAUAUGAAAAACUGGAAGAUAUAGACAAUUGGGUCUUUGUGGAUUCUGUCACAUCUGAAAUUAAACUUGCAAAAAUUCCUGAUUUCGAAUCUAGAUACGUCCAUAAUGGUACAUACACUGUAAAGAUUUUGGUUAUAUCAGAAGAUCAUCCCAGAAAAACCAUUACUGGCACCGUUGUUAUCACAGUUGAAGAUAUCAAUGACAAUUGUCCCAUGCUGGUGGAACCAGUGCAGAAUAUCUGUAACGACGUACAGUAUGUGAACGUUACUGCAGAGGACCCAGAUGGAUACCCAAACAGCGGACCUUUCCGUUUCUCUAUCAUUGACAAGCCACAAGGAAUGGCAGAAAAAUGGAAGAUAGUACACCAAGAAAGUACCAAUGUGCUGUUGCAGCAAAGCGAGCAGAAGCUCGGGAGAAGUGAAAUUCAGUUCCUGAUUUCAGAUAACCAGGGCUUCAGCUGCCCUGAGAAGCAGAUCCUUACACUUACGGUUUGUGAGUGCCUGGAUGGCAGCGGCUGCGUGGAAGCUUUUCGUGACUCCUAUGUGGGCCUGGGACCCGCAGCAGUGGCGCUUAUGAUAUUGGCCCUUUUGCUCCUGCUACUUGUGCCACUUUUACUGCUGGUAUGCCACUGUGGCGAGGGUGCCAAAGGCUUUACCCCCAUACCUGGCACCAUAGAGAUGCUGCAUCCCUGGAAUAACGAGGGAGCGCCACCUGAAGACAAGGUGGUGCCUUCACUUCUGCCAGUGGAUCAAGGGGACAUUCUGGCAGUAAGAAGUGGAGCAGGCGGUCUAACCAAGGAACUCACCAUGAAAGGAAGCAACUCUGCUUCCGUUGCCAAAGGGCAACACGAAAUGUCUGAGGUGGACGGAAGAUGGGAAGAACACAGAAGCCUUCUUUCUGGUGAAACUACUCAGGUCACAGGGACAACAGGGAUCAUCAUGGGCCCUGAAACCAUAAGGACCACACGAGCCAUGGGGGCUUCCAGAGACAUGGCUGGAGCUCGAGCAGCUACUGUGGUAUUGAAUGAGGAAUUCUUAAGAAGUUAUUUCACUGAUAAAGCGACAUCUUACACUGAGGAUGAUGAAAAUCAUACAGCCAAAGAUUGCCUUCUGGUUUAUUCUCAGGAAGAAACUGAAUCUUUACACGGUUCCAUUGGCUGUUGCAGUUUUAUUGAAGGAGAGCUAGAUGACCGCUUCUUAGAUGACUUGGGACUGAAAUUCAAGACACUAGCUGAAGUUUGCUUGGGCCAAAAAAUAGAUACAGAUAUGGAAAUUGAGCAGAGGCAAAAAUCUGUCACAGAAACAAGCAUGAACACAGCUUCACGUUCACUCUAUGAGCAAACUAGGGUUAACGCAGAGAACGCCCACUUCUCUGGCAGUAGCUUUCCAGUUGCAAAACCUUUGCAUGAAGCAAAGGCUGAGACAGUAACCCAGGAAAUAGUCACGGAAAGAUCUGUGUCUUCCAGGCAGGCUCAAAAGGCAGCUCCACCCCUUCCUGACCCACUGGCUUCUGGUAAUGUUAUAGUGACAGAAACUUCGUAUGCCACAGGCUCCACGGUGCCACCAAGCACUGUGAUCCUGGGUCCCAGACAGCCACAAAGCCUUAUUGUGACAGAGAGGGUGUAUGCCCCAGGGCCUACCUUGGUAGAUCAGCAUUAUGCUAAUGAAGGCAAGGUCAUCGUUACGGAAAGAGUAAUCCAGCCAAAUGGGGGCUUGUUGAAUCCCCUGGAAGAUACUCAGCAUUUGCAAGAUGCAGGUUACGUCAUGGUGAGGGAAAGAGAGAGCUUCCUUGCCCCCAGCACAGGUGUCCAGCCCCCUUUGGCCAUGCCUAGUGUCUCAGUAGGACAGAAUGUGAUAGUGACAGAAAGAGUUCUAACACCCGCUUCCACUCUGCAGUCUAGUUACCAAAUUCCCACCGAAAACUCAAUGAAGGCUAGAAAGACCCUGGUAUCCGAAGCCGGAGUCACUGACCCCCCACCAAAUUUCGGUGUAGAGAAAUCUGGCCAUUCUAAUUCUACCAUAACCACAUCUUCCACCAGAGUCACCAAGCACAGCACUCUACAGCACUCAUACUCCUAAACAGCAGUCAGCCCCAAACUGACCCAAAGUUUAACUAGCAGUGACUGAUUUCCUGCUUUCAAUAGACCUGGCUUUUCAAGAGCCUUCCAGACAUGCAGAGACACAUAUACAUGGAGCUUAAAAUGUUUCUGAGUACUGAUGUGCAAAGGGCCACACCGUCUCUGCUCUCA